AUGGUAACUGCUAAAAAUGGAAAUUACGUAUAUGUAAAGAUCCCUACAAAUACGGAAUUGAUUGCAACCAAAUUACUAGAUUUACAUGGCCUACCUUUGUCUAAAUACACCCUGAACGGUUUAUACUAUUUAUUUGCCAACAAUGCUCCCAGCAAGCAUUUAUGGGACAUACUGGGAAAAAGAACUGAAGCAUUACAGCACCCUCCUGCUACUCUCCCAGAACUAACACUUAGAUUGACGCAAGAGUGGCAAGAAAUUGAUCAAGAAGAAGUAAUCAUACAUCAGUUUUUCUCAUACACAGGUUUAGUCACCAAGCGCGCGUUUCUGGAUAUCUCAUUACAAUACAAACGCAACAGAAAUGUAGUUCUGAAAGAAAAAGAUGAAGUGGUUGCGUGGAGGGGACGUUAUUUGUGUCAAGUAAAAAAAUUUAGAGAAGAGGGCAAGAAAUUAUUUUUCCUCAAUGAAACUUGGGGGAAUGCUGGUCACACCACCAUUAAGAAGUGGGAAGAUAGCACGAUUUCAUCGUCAAGGGAAGCUUUUUUAAACGGAUUAUCAACAGGGCUCAAGGAUCCAUCUGAAAAGAGAAAAAAAUUUAUAAUAUUACACAUUGGAAGUGAGGAUGGUUUUGUUGAAGGUGGAUUGUUAAUGUUUGAAUCUAAGAAGCAAGGAGAUUACCACGAAGAGAUGAACUCUGAAGUUUUUGAAAACUGGUUCGCAGAGAUUUUGCCGAAGCUAGAUAAGGAAGCAGUCAUAAUAAUCGACAAUGCGUCGUAUCACAGUCGAAAGUCUGAGAAAGUAUCUAAUGCAAGUACAAGAAAAGCUGAUGUUCAAGCCUGGUUGACAAAAAACGAGACCUUUUUUGAAGAGGACAUGAUAAAGGCCGAAUUGUUAGUGAAAGCAUAUGCCCCAAGAGAAAACAGAUAUGUGGUUGAUGACAUAGCAGAAGCUAGUGGGCAUAAGGUGCUGAGAUUGCCCCCUUAUCACUGUGAAUUCAAUCCAAUUGAAUUGAUUUGGGCGCAGACGAAAAAUUUUGUUGCACAAAACUGGAAAAAGGCCAUACAACAUGUAGUAAAAGUAGAGGCUGAGAUUUGGGAUAUGGAUCAAAUUUUAGAACUCCAAGUGGAACCGUUAAUAAUAAAUUUAUCGGAAGAAAGUGAUUCAUGGGAUGAAAUGUAG